CUGGUCCUCAGUGCUCCAACAUGAUUUGGCUUGUGGCUUGCCUGUCUUGCAUUGGGCUGAUUUGUGCUGAAACACCCUUCAACCAUAAUGUCCACAACGAGAGGGUCAUAGGAGGCCACGAUGCUAAACCCAACACCUGGAGAUGGCAGGCUUCUCUCCAGUAUGAUUCAUACAAUGAUGGUUAUUUCGCCCACAUCUGUGGAGGCACUAUCAUUAGUAGUUUCUACAUUAUGACUGCAGCUCACUGUAUCCUCAGCAUGCAUGCUAGUCUGUACCGUGUGGUGGUGGGUGAGUACAACCUGUAUGAGUAUGACGGCAGCGAGCAGUUCAUCCGUGUGGAAAUGAUUGAUGUCCAUCCUGGCUGGACUGAAGACCUUGGCAAAGGAAAUGAUAUUGCUCUCUUGAGACUGGCUAAUCCUGUGAAUGACAACGGCUAUGUGGCAAUCGCCAACCUUCCCUACCCUUACGAGACACUGCCUCAUGAGUUUACCUGUUACAUCACCGGCUGGGGACUCAUGGACUACGUAGGGAGCAUCCCUACCAUCCUGCAGGUGGCUCCCAUCUCCGUGGUGGAGCAUUCAGUCUGCUCCCAGCCUAACUGGUGGGGCAGCCUUGCUUUGGAAACCAUGGUGUGUGCUGGAGGGGAUGGAGUCAUAUCAGGCUGCCAGGGUGACUCCGGAGGUCCCCUGAGCUGCUUCACAAAUGGAGCCUGGACGGUCCACGGUGUUGUCAGUUACGGUCCAUCUGGCGAGUGCAACCAAGUGACUAAACCCACUGUCUUCACCAGAGUCUCUGCCUUCGAAGACUGGAUCUUUUCAAUUGUCCGAUAGGUGGCACAGUGUAUUCUGUCAAAUGGAAC